AUGGCGCGUCCCAAGACAGUCCGCGCGCCGACAACAGCCAGUCUCCCACAUAACCUCCGCAUUCCUUCAACGGCUCCGUCCCUCGCAAAAUCCCUGGGGAAACUAUCCAGACAAGCAUUACUGGACUUGGCUUUCCUAUGGCUUGAUGAUCGCAACGUCACCUCGUUUCCACCAUAUCUACAAUCCGACCAACAUGACGACAAAGUCGAUGACGAAGCCCUCCCCUACCCCGCCGGGGAGACAAUCGAAGAAGUUCGCCGGGCCUACGAAGAUUUGCAAGAUAGAAAGGGCGCGAAGCGCGAAGUCCUGGAACGGAUCCUAGAAGGCGAUUGGCGACAUGGAAUUACACUGCGCCAGUUGGCAAUGGCAGAUCUGCGCUACAUGGAUGACCAUCCCGCCAGUCUCCGAUGGACGGCGCUCGAGCUUAGCCGAAUUGAUACAAAACAUAAGAAAUCCAAAGAGGUACCAUCGGUCGACUGGUCCAGCUCUAUACCCCGCAUGCAAGCGGCAACGUUUGUGCAGGCUCUCCAACGGGAAAUCUCCCCACUCGUCAAAGCGCAUUACCACCUCGCCCGCUCGGCAACUCUGCCAUUGACAUUCCUACGCAUCUUUGUCGUUGACUCGCCAUAUCAAUCUCCCAGACAGACAGCCGAAAUCUUCGCCGACUCAUCGCGCGUCAUCUACAUCGCUUUCCCAGAUAGUUGCCCCUACGUCUACACCUCUAUCACAGCACCCACGGGGUCAAAAGCUACCCCAUCAACAACCUCGGCGGCUACCGAUACCAGGACUCUUCAGCGCCUGGUGCGCGAUUCCAUCCCCAAGGCUCUCUCCCGUCCCCAGGAACGAUUCUCCCUGCAGGCGACAUCCCUAGCAGCGAAGAAUCUGCCAACGCUCCUAGCACUUCGGGGCCCCGGGCGUUCAACGGCAUCAAAUGGUGCAUUCAGCAUAUUUGCAGACGCAGCAAUUGAAGGAAGUCCACUAGAUCCUCGACCCUCCAGCACAGUCUCAGCCGAAGAGCAUAUCCGAACGAGUCAAUCAGAUCAAGCAGACGAUAAAGAAAAUACUGAUUUAUCAACGAGCAAACGACCCCAUGGUCCAGACCCCGGUUCUCUCUGCCCAGAAUUAAAGAAACGCCGCUUGGCCAUUGAUUCCCGAUUCGGGACAUUAGGGUCUUCACUCACCCCUGCACCGCUGGACCGUCUUGAUAUCAGACUCCUCGAUGCUCUGGGCUCAGGCCAAGAUCAAAGCGACGAGGAGGAUGAAUCUGUGUCGACGUUACCUGCUAUAUCGCUUACCUUUACGGGAUCCGAUGUCAUCGCUGGAAUUCGCAAACUUGCGGAGCUGGGGAUUGUCGAUCCCGAGCGGAUGCCGUCUUGGAUGACCGGCGAGGAGGGUGUUAGCGUGGCAACUGUCCGACAGGGUCGACCGCUUCAGAAGGAUAAAUAA